AUUAGCUUCCCUGUUUUGGUCUACAGCUCGAAGUCAGAGUUCACAAAGCACCUCAUCAAAACAAGGUUCUAAAGAAUAACUCGAAACUCACCUUAACCCUUCAUCACAAGAGUUUGAACUUGCUUGCAGCUUCUCAGCGUAAAGAGACAACCCCCCCAAAGCUCACAAUGCUCAGAGACUGAACAGUUGCAUAAAACUGCUUUAGAGAGCCUUCAUAAUCAUCAAGAAGCAGGACUGAGAGGGGGAAAAAGUAUUGAGCAGCAUUUGAAGAUAACAGGGAAAGCAAGUACUCUGUGCACCCUGUGCUUCCCUUUCCCCUGCACACUAUGAGUUCAGCCAGCGCGAAGCAUUACAGACCCAAGUGCAGAAAAAGCAAAGGGAAUGGUGGCCUCACCCCAACAAGAUCUUCCAGUGGCCUAGGCAAGAUGGCUGCAGGAACUGCUUCUGAAACCAGUAUUGCCUCCUCGUUGCCAUCCACUUCCCCCAUGGCCUUAUCAUUACAAACUGACACUGCUGGCUGCCCUCCUAAAGCUGGGCUUAGUUUCCUGGAAACAACAGCCCCCUUGAGUGAUAGCAAAGGGCUGGACCAAGAAGAGGCUCAGAGAGAGCAUUGUGGAGAAAAGAUUCGUUCUGUAGAGUUGGGUAACCAAUGUAGACCAGUCAUAUCAGCCACAGUAGUUCCAGAAGUGCAGCCAAUUGAGCUUGACAUAAGUGUUGAUGAAGAAAUAGUAGACCUCACUUCUGAAUCAUCCAUAAUUGAUCUUACUCACAAUGAUUCUGUUGUGUAUGUUGAAGAGAGUAGAGAAGGGCAGAAUCAAGAGUUAAGAAACCAUUCAUUCUCUGACAGCUGGAUACUAUGUAGUGAUGACAGCCGUGAAUGCCGAGAGACUAAUCGGAUCGAUAAGUGGUCCAAAGAGUUAGGAAAGGAGAAAUUUGGAAGUUUAGGAGCCUCAGGCACUGUGAGCUGUCCAAUUUGCAUGGAUGGCUAUGCAGAUAUUAUAUAUAGUGGACGGCUUAUCAUGUCCACAAAAUGUGGCCACAUCUUUUGUAGUCAGUGCCUCCAUGAAUCUCUUAGAAGUGCUAACGUUUGUCCAACUUGUAGGAAGAAACUUAAUCACAAGCAGUGUCAUCCAAUUUAUAUAUAAUGACAUGGUUUCUCCGGAAAAUAAUCUAAUUUGGGCUUUUAUGAGCCCUUCAGAAUGUUCAGUAGACUUAAAGGAAAGGAAUAUAGAUUGUAUCUAUGACUUAGAAAUGGCAAUUAGCUGUUUUCUUCUUUUUUUUAAUAGGUCUUUUUCUGCCUGGGUGGUACGGUCAAACUUUGUUUUGUUUUAAAUUCUUUUUAAGCUCAAGUUCUUCAGGGCCUGCAGAUGCUGAAAUAACUCUUUCUUUAACAUAUUUGAUGUUGCCAGUUACUUUGGAAAAACUAAAAUAAGGCCUCUGUUUUUUU